UAGAAGAUGAGAAAAAUUCAAAUGAAUUAUAUGAUAAUGAUGACUAUGACAAUAAUUUAGAUAUAAUAGCAAAUAAUUCUUCUACAAAUCAAAUCAUAUUUAAUACAACUCAUCUAGCUAAUAAUCUAUUAGUCAAAUGA